CGCGCCCAGGGUGCCUGCAGGGAUGGGCACAGCCGGCCAGGCCCGUGGCACAUCGCAGCGGCCCCCGUCUCCCUAGGGCCCCACGGCGGCGUUAGGAUGCAGCUCUCGGCCGUGGCCAACGCCCUGCUGGUGUCGGUGCUGGCGGCGGUGCUGUGGAAGCACGUCCGUCUGCGCGAGCACGCGGCCGCCCUGGAGCAGGAGCUGGCCCAGGGCCGCCAGGCGCUCGCGGCGCAGAGGACCGACUACCCCAAGGCCCUGCAGAGCCUGGCGGAGGGCGGCACGCACAUGGUGUGCACCGGGCGCACGCACACCGACCGCCUCUGCCGCUUCCAGUGGCUCUGCUACUCCAGCGAGGCGGAGGAGUUCAUCUUCUUCCACGGCAACCGCUCGGUCAUGCUGCCCAACCUGGGCUCGCGGCGCUUCCAGCCCGCGCUGCUCGACCUGUCCACGGUGGACGACCACAACACCCAGUACUUCAACUUCGUGGAGCUGCCGGCCGCCGCCCUGCGCUUCCUGCCCAAGCCCGUGUUCGUGCCCGACGUGGCGCUCAUCGCCAACCGCUUCAACCCCGACAACCUCAUGCACGUCUUCCACGACGACCUGCUGCCCGCCUUCUACACCCUGCGCCAGUUCCCGGGCCUGGCCCGCGAGGCCCGGCUCUUCUUCAUGGAGGGCUGGGGCGAGGGCGCGCACUUCGACCUCUACAGGCUCCUGAGCCCCAAGCCGCCGCUGCUGCGGGCGCAGCUGAAGACGCUGGGCCGGCUGCUGUGCUUCUCCCACGCGUUCGUGGGCCUCUCCAAGAUCACCACCUGGUACCAGUACGGCUUCGUCCAGCCCCAGGGCCCGAAGGCCAACAUCCUGGUCUCGGGCCACGAGAUCCGGCAGUUCGCGCGCUUCAUGAGCGAGAAGCUGAACGCGAGCCAGGCCGGGGGCCCCCUGGGCGAGGAGUACAUCGUGGUCUUCAGCCGCACCCAGGACCGGCUCAUCCUGAACGAGGCGGAGCUGCUGCUGGCGCUGGCGCAGGAGUUCCAGAUGAAGACGGUGACCGUGUCCCUGGAGGACCACGCCUUCGCAGAGGUGGUGGGGCUGGUCAGCAACGCGUCCAUGCUGGUCAGCAUGCACGGGGCCCAGCUGGUCACGGCCCUCUUCCUGCCCCGCGGGGCCACCGUGGUGGAGCUCUUCCCCUAUGCCGUGAACCCGGACCACUACACCCCCUAUAAGACGCUGGCCACCUUGCCCGGCAUGGACCUCCACUACGUCGCCUGGCGGAACAUGGUGCCCGAGAACACGGUCGCGCACCCCGAGCGGCCCUGGGACCAGGGGGGCAUCGCCCACCUCGACCGGGCGGAGCAGGCCCGGAUCCUGCAGAGCCGGGAGGUCCCGCGGCAUCUCUGCUGCCGGAACCCCGAGUGGCUGUUCCGAAUCUACCAGGACACCAAGGUAGACAUCCCGUCCCUCAUCCAGACCAUUCGGCGCGUGGUGAAGGGCCGGCCAGGGCUGCAGAAGCAGAAGCGGACGCUCGGCCUCUACCCGGGCAAGGUGCGGGAGGCACGGUGCCAGGCGUCCGUGCAGGGCGCUUCCGAGGCCCGCCUCACCGUCUCCUGGCAGAUCCCGUGGAACCUCAAGUACCUGAAGGUGCGGGAGGUGAAGUACGAGGUGUGGCUCCAGGAGCAGGGGGAGAACACCUACGUGCCUUACAUCCUGGCCCUGCAGAACCACACCUUCACCGAGAACAUCAAGCCCUUCACCACCUACUUGGUGUGGGUCCGCUGCAUCUUCAACAAGCUGCUCCUGGGACCCUUCGCAGACGUGCUGGUCUGCAACACGUAGCCAGCCGCCCGCCAGGCCCCAGGGAGGCGGCCCCUCCAGCCCAGCGCCCCGGCUGCUAACCCCACCGUGGCUUCUGGGGAUUGUGUGUUUAUUUAUUGAGCCAGCCUUCCCCCGGGGCUUGUGCCCCAUGUCUUCUUGCAGCAUCUGGGACGUGGGGUUCGCAGCACUCCUCUGUUCCCCAUUGGGAUGAGACACCCUGCCCUGCCCCCUUCUCCCAUCCUGAGCAUCGGCACCCCUGGAGAAGGUCCUUAGGAGGGGGCGGAGGAGAGGGGAGAGGGAGGGUAAGAAUCCCCAGGAACCUCUUUGGCUGAGUGUUCCUGCUUUUCCUACAGAGACGUUCUGGUUGGUGCCCAGGUGUCUGGAAGCUGCAAGUAAUCAAUCCUGGUGGUUUGAUCGGGUAGUUGAUUGGCUUCCAUCACCAUAAAACUCACCUGUAGCCCAGUAAAGGUGUGUUUGGGCUGAUCAUUAAAUGAUUAUAAACAUCU